UUCGUCAAGUGCUCAACAUUUCCUUGAAGAAGCCACCUGUUUACUGGAUGUAGUAGCUGACAUUCAUGAAUUUGUGCUUUACCAAUGAACGGAAACGAGCCAGUAAACCCAUUUCCAGACCUCUAGGAACAUUUGAUGUUAAUAUAAUUUCAUUUCAGUUCUCCAAGAGCACCGUCGCGAGGUCUAUGGGCACGACGUUUGAAGUACCAGAAGAUUUAAUACGUGCUUAUACCGAAGGCUUAUCGAGCAAUAUUGUGUAAAGGGCAUUCAAGAUCGACACUUUUAUAUAAGAAACAGUGCCAAUAUGAGUCAAUGGAAACAAAUUCAGCAACUGGAUAUCAAGUUUCUCGAACAAGUGGAUUAUUUUUAUGAUGAUAACUUUCCUAUGGAGUUGAGACAGGUGUUGGCCACCUGGAUUGAAAGUCAAGACUGGGAAACGGCUUCAAACCAUGAGUCCAUGGCUACAGUCCUCUUCAAUAACUUCCUCAUUCAGUUGGAGAGGCAAUGUUCUCAGGAGCAGAACUUUCUCCACAGACACAAUCUCAAACGAAUAUUUCAUCAGAUCCAGGGGAAAUACAAAGCAAAUCCUCUUCACAUGGCUGCUGUUAUCUGUAACUGCCUCAGGGAGGAGAGACGCAUCUUAUCAACAGCCAGCAUGCAGGAACAGGGUCCUCUGGAGAAGUCGAUGCAAAGCUCGGCGGUCCUAGAAAAACAGAAAGUCCUUGACAACAAAGUUGCAGUAAUAAAAAGCAGUGUUCAGAUGCUGGAUCAGGCAGUGAAGUAUCUUGAAGACAUGCAGGACGAUUUUGAUUUUCGCUACAAGACGCUCCAGCUUCGAGAUACCGCUGAGAGGAACUCUUUAACUAUGAAACAAGAAGUCACUACACUUCAAGAGAUACUGAACCGUCUGGAUUUCAAACGAAAAGAGAUUUUGUCAAAGAUCGCAGAUGUUAUAAAGGAAAUCGAUGGGCUGAUUUCCUCACAGCUCAACCCUGAACUAAAGGACUGGAAACGGAGGCAACAGAUUACCUGCAUCGGAGGUCCGGUUCUGAUAGGACUGGACCAGCUUCAGAAUUGGUUUACCCUGACAGCCCAGAGUCUGUUCCAGAUUAAAAGACAGCUCGACAAAUUGGGCGAACUGAUUCUGAAGGUCACUUAUGAGAGUGAUCCAAUCCCACUCCAGAGACCUCAGAUGGAGGAGCAAGUCAAAUAUUUAAUCUACCAUCUCAUUAAAAGUUCUUUUGUGGUAGAAAAGCAGCCAUGCAUGCCUACACACCCUCAGAAACCUCUUAUCAUUAAAACACAAGUGCAAUUCACCACCAAGGUCAGAUUACUGGUUAAGUUACCUGAGGUGGAUUAUCAACUUAAAGUUAAAACAACGUUUGACAAAGACCUUCCACCAGGCAAAGUGAAUAGACAGUUCUUCAUCCUUACCAACAACACCAAAGUGAUGGAUGUUGAGGAGUCGACCGGCUGCCUUUCUGUCGAGUUCAGACACCUGCAGUUAAAAGAGAGAAAGUGUCCCACCGGUGGAAAAGGUAAUGAGGGGCCUCUGUCAGUCACAGAAGAGUUACAUUCUCUCAACUUUGAGGCCAUGCUGAUGUUACAAGGCCUGGAUAUUGAUCUUGAGACUUGUUCACUACCACUGGUGGUCAUAUCAAAUGUCAGUCAGCUUCCAGGGGGCUGGGCCUCCGUCAUGUGGUACAACCUGCUUACUGAUGAUCCAAAGAAUCUUGGAUUCUUCAGUAACCCAUUACGGGCGAGUUGGAGUCAACUCUCUGAGGUGCUCAGCUGGCAGUUUUCAAGUUUUGCUGGACGAGGUCUCAACAGGGAGCAGCUUAACAUGCUGGGCGAUAAACUUCUGGGUCAGCAUGCUUCUUAUAAUGACUGUCAUGUGUCUUGGUCAAAGUUCUGGAAGGAGAACAUCCCUGGCAAAUCGUUUAGUUUUUGGCUGUGGCUGGACUCUAUCCUGGACCUCAUUAAAAAACAUUUACUUCCUGUUUGGAUUGAUGGCUACAUUAUGGGAUUUGUAAGUAAAGAGAUGGAACGUGCCUUGCUGAAAGAAAAGGAGCCUGGUACCUUCCUGCUGCGCUUUAGUGAAAGUCACCUAGGAGGAAUUACCUUCACUUGGGUAGAACAGGAUGAAAAUGGAGAGAGAAAGUUCAUCUCUGUUGAACCGUACACCAAAAUGCGUCUUAAUGCUUUACCCAUUGCUGACAUCAUACGUGACUAUAAGGUCAUCGCUGAUGGUGUCGUGCCAGAGAAUCCUCUGAAGUUCCUCUACCCUGACAUCCCUAAAGAUGAAGCUUUCGGGAAACAUUAUAACAGUCAGCAAAACAAAGUUUGUCCUUACAUUCAAACACAUUUAGUUCCUGUUUCCCAUCUAAAUGGACCGGUCCAACAUGCAUGUUCUUCUCCUGAACCCCCAAUGUCUCCUGGAAUGUUUGACAUUCUGAGCCAGCACCUCAGUCCAUUUGAGAUUGAAAGCGCUCGUUUUGAUGGGUUCAAAAUCCCAAAGUGGGCAGAACCUGCGGCACUAGAUUAUGGAUUACACGUUUUUGGAGUCAUUAAUGAAAACCUAAAUCUGAAGAGAGAAGACGACCUGUAUACACGCUUGAAACCUCUUCCAUGUUUAAAGAUGACACUGUGGAACCAGCUACAGCUGCUGGACUCUAUGUAUUUAGAGCAAGUGGAUCAGCUUUACGAUGAAGCUUUUCCUAUGGAGAUCCGUCAGUAUCUCAGUCAAUGGAUUGAGAGUCAAGACUGGGAAACAGUAGCAGCGAAUGUAUCUUUGGCAACCUUACGCUUUCAUGAGCUCCUAAGUCAACUCGAUGAGCACUACAGUCGCCUCAGCCUGGGAAACAAUUUCCUGUUACAGCAUAAUAUACGCAAAAUCAAGCGUAACCUACAGGUUCACUUUCUGGAGGAUCCCGUUCACAUGGCUAUGAUCAUAGCUAACAUUUUGAAAGAAGAGCAGAAGAUACUGGAAAUUGCAAUGAGCUGUCAAGGUAAAUCUGAUUCGUCGCAGGGGAGUGUUAUGAUGGAACAACAAAAUGAGUUGGAUAAUAAAGUCAACAGUUUGAAGAGGAGUGUGCAGGGAACUGAACAGGACAUUCAGGUUCUGGAAGAUGUACAAGACGAGUAUGAUUUUAAGAAAAAGACCUUGCAAAGUCGAGUGGAAGUUGAGAUGAAUGGCCAGAUAACCAAAGAGAUUCAGCAAGAGGAAAUGGCCAUACGACAAAUGCUUAUUGGAUUGAACAUAAAAAGAGAGGUGGUGAUAAAAGAAAUAGCAAACGUAUUGACUCUAGCCGAGCAGAUUGAACACACACUCAUAUCAGAUGAGUUACCUGAAUGGAAGCAAAGACAACAGAUGGCUUGCAUUGGAGGUCCACCUAACGCUUGCUUGGAUCAGCUGCAAAAUUGGUUCACCAUAGUGGCCGAGUGUCUGCAGCAGAUUCGUCAACAGCUGAAGAAAGUUCAGGAAUUGGUGCAGAAAUUCACCUAUGAGAACGACCCGCUCACGCUGGGCAAGAGUCAGCUUGAUGAACAGGCCCUGUCACUUUUCAAAAAACUUUUAUUAAAUUCUCUUGUGGUGGAGAGACAGCCUUGUAUGCCCACACAUCCACAGAGACCACUGGUGAUAAAGACAGGAGUUCAGUUUACUGUGAAGAUCAGGUCACUAGUCAAACUUCCAGAACUAAAUUGCCAACUCAAAGUAAAGGUAUCUAUUGACAAGAAUUUAAAUGAGAUGGAGGCGGGGAAAAGAUUUCGGAGAUUCAACAUUUUAGGCACACCUUUUAAAGUCAUGAACUUAGAGGAAUCCAGCGGAUGUUUAGCAGCUGAAUUUCGUCAUUUGCAGUUAAAAGAAAUGAAAAAUAUAAAAACAAAUGAGAAUCCUUUCAUCAUUUCCGAGGAGCUGCAUUUAAUAAGCUUCGAAACUCAGCUUCUUCAGCCAGAAAUAUGCAUUGAUUUAUCGAUCACAUCAUUACCUAUCGUGGUGAUUUCACAUGUGAUGCAAUUACCCAGCGCCUGGGCGUCUAUCCUGUGGUACAACAUGGUUUCCAGUGAACCUCAUGAUCUGACCUUUUUCUUGAAUCCACCUCCAGUGAAAUGGGGGCAGCUUUCAAAAGUCAUAAGUUGGCAAUUUUCAUCCGUCACUAAGCGAGUGUUGAAUUCUGAGCAGCUCAGGAUGCUGGCAGACAAACUUCUUGGCGCUGAAGCUCAGGGUGACGCUGAUGGGCUCAUCCAGUGGAAUCAAUUUUCAAAGGUUUCUGCCAAUGAGAGGGCUGUACCGUUCUGGCUGUGGAUAGAUGGGAUAUUGGAUCUUAUUAAAAGACACCUGCUAAACAUCUGGAAUGACGGGUUUGUUGUGGGCUUUUUGAGCAAGCAGCAAGAAAAGAUUUUGUUGCAAGACAAACCACCCGGUACGUUUCUUCUGCGCUUCAGCGAAACAUGUCGAGAUGGAGGAAUCACCAUCACAUGGGUGGAGCAUUCAGAUGAGGGCAAACCUAAGUUCCAUUCUGUGAAGCCCUACACAAAGGCAGAUCUGGUGAACAUCUCAUUACCGGACGUCAUUCGUGACUAUACGCUCACGGCAGCAGAGAAGGUUCCUGUAAACCCGCUCAUCUAUCUGUACCCAGACAUCCCAAGAGACUUCGCCUUUGGUCCUUACUAUACCAGCCCCUCUGAAGCUUCAGAAGAGAUGGAGGUAGACAGGCCGAUCUGCCCAUACAUGAACAGACGCAUGAUUUCUGUAUCAGUAGUUCCAUAUUCAAGACUCAAAAACACUGCUAGAACACAUCAAGACGAUUGGUUGGACUCACUGGUCUCCUCUGUAUCAUAAUAGUGUUUCAGCUGUAGUGCAUUUAUUCUGCUCCUGUCUAAAGAAGAGGAACUGUUUCUCACUAUAAUCAGUGUUGACAUUUAGGGUUAAAACUACUUAAUCUUUCUCUUUUUACAAAAAACGUGUAAAAAUAUGUUUAGAAAGCAUGUAUGUUGUUACUGAGAAUGAAAUUGUAUUGUGUAAAUUUGCAUACCACUCACUCACCAGCUAAUGCAGUAGAUACUACAACUGUAAAUGCAUACAAAUGUGCUUCUGUAAUGUCAACCUUUCACGAAAAAGACAUCCCAUUUCAUAAUGUGAAGCAUUUAUUUAUUAUUGCACAUCAAAACUUUGUAUUGUAAACCACUGCCUUCAUUGCACACGUACAAACACUUUAGUCAGACUGUUAAAACCUACUAGAAACUGUCAGGAUGUAAAAACCAACCUUCAUUGUAGAGUCAAAUGCUGUUUCAGAUUUAACCCUGCAUCUGUCUGUUUAUAUACUUUAACAUAUAGGACAAUGGUAGAUAGUGUAAAUCAGUGGUUCUCAAACUUUUUGGUGCCCCCCAACCCUUGUAUGAGGUGCGUUUCUUUGCAUCCUCCCAAAGAAAACUCAUGACAUAAAAAGGAUUAAAGAUAAAUAUAAAAUGUCAUAAAACGGGGCCAGUUUGAGAACCACUGGUGUAAAUGCAAAUUAAUUGUAUUGUAUUGAUAAAGAUUGUCCAACAUGUAACUGUUGGUUUUUCUUUUUUUUUUAGUUUAGAAAGAUGUAAAAUAAAUCUUUGGUGUCCCCAGA